GCAUUCUCAUUCCUCAAGCUCUGCAUGCUCUCGGGACGCUUCUCUGAAUGGGCAUUCGACAACAUGAUGGCUUCAAUGCUGCAUUUCCGUGUCCUCGGAUACUACCGCGACCAUGCACGGGGCCGUUUACCGGCAGGUGUAUACGGAAGCCGGAUGACAAGCUUGACGGCUCAUCGGUACGUCGACCUAGGACUGUUCUUUGCCGUGGCGUCUGCCUCCGUGUGGACGAAGCAGCAAGUCAACAAGGCAGAGUACACGUUGUUGAGUAUCGCCUGCACGCUUAUCAACGACCUGGUGGACCUCCGUAGCGAUACCGCACGGAAGCAGCGCGAGAAUGUUGUUCUGCGCGGAGUACGAGGGAAUCUGUGCGAGUACUUGGACCGAGUGAUGUUUGAGUGUGUUGAGACAGCUACGCUUGCUGUUCAGACGAAUCCGACGUGCGCGUAUGUCUUGAUGGCAUUUAGUAACUGGGCUGUGAUGAGCUCGCAUCAUAAGGUGUAUGAGGUAAGUACGCAGGUCUCUGAGGCUGGGAAGCAGGAUGAAUGUCUAUCACGGUCAAGGGACCAUCGGCGGGCGUAUCGGGGGCUUUUGGAAGCGUUGGCCCCGUAUGGGACUUUAGGGAAGGAGGCUCCUAGGGUAGGGCAGACGCGGGCGGAGUUGGAUUUCCGGUAUGGAGUAUGUCGGUCUUCGUCUACUUUGCAUGCGGCGUGGUUGGCGGAUAUCACGAGAAGUCUUUUGGAGCCGCGGACUUUGAGGAGGAUUGUGGAUGUAGUACAUUUUGAGUGGACAGGGUGUGAAGGUGAGGUGGAUUAUUGCCCGUGA